AUGGGUACAAAAACAUCAAAACAAAAAAAUGAUUAUUCUUAUUCUCAAGAUAAUACAUCUUAUGAUAAUGUUCUUCGUUCUUAUGCAAAAUGGCAACAUUCUUCAGCUCUUGUUAGUCAUGAUGAAUCGCGUUUUACUACUAAUGAAAUUCGAAAUUUCAACAAACAUAAUUUUAUUUGUCAAAAUUCUCCUAAUCCACAAAAAGAAAAUGAAUCAAAUAUUAAAAAUCAAUCAUUAUCAAAUAGAAAAAUCGAAUUUAAUUCAUCAUAUAAAGAUAAAUUUCAUUCUGAUCAUAGUAAAUAUGAUAAAAUAUGUCAACUUGAAAGAAGUCAAUCAAUUGAUCAAUUAUCACAUUCAAAUAAUAUAAUAACAGCUAAACAAUUAGUUAUAUGUAAUUCACAACAAAGAAUUAAAUAUCGAUCAGACAAGUUAAAUCAAUCAUCUGAUCAAAUAUUUUUAAAUGAAAAUAUUCAAAAAUCCUUAUUGAAAACAAAUAAAAAUCAAUUUAUUUCUUCAAACAAUAAAAAACAAAAAAUACCAGCUGAUCUUCAAUUUAUUUUAAUUAAUCAAUAUGAUUUACAAGUAAAUUUAUUAGAUUUUUAACAAAUUAAUUUUUCUCUUUAAUCUAACAAUAAUAUAUAGUUUUUUUAUAAGGAAAAAUCAUAUCAUUAUUUAUUAACUAUAGUUUAAUAACAAAAAAGAAAUUGAAUUUUACUUUAGAAUUAAUAAUCCAUUAAAUGACGAUAAUAGGAUAUAAGAUACUUAUCAUAGAAUUUUAACAUUAAACUUAAAAUGAAAUAUCAAAAAUAAUUCUUAAUAUAGAAUACAUUCCUAUUAAAACAAUUAUUCAAACUCAAAAAAAAAAAAAAUACUUUUGUCAGAAUAUUUAUUUUUAAAUUUGUUUUGAACAAUUAAUUGUUUAGUUAAAAGAAUCUUCAAACAUAUAAAAUAAUUGAAAAUUGUUAAUAGAAAAAUAAUUUUGAUUUAUCUUAUAAAUAUUAUUAUUAAGCUCAGAAUUGAGAUAAAAAUGAUUUAUUAGAUUUUUUUAUCUAUUAAAAUGUUUAACAUUAUUUCAUUAAAUAAAUAUUUGUUUAUUUUUCAUUAUUAACACAAGAUAAUAUUAUUUUAAAACGUAUCAUUAUCAGUUUAACAUUUGACAGUUUUUAAAAAACUACCUUUAUAUUAAUAAAUGUCAAUGGAUUAAUUCACAAUUUAAACAAAACUUUCUUUAUUAAUCUCGACGGUAUCAGUCGAACAAACUUUCUCUUGUCACUUUCAAUCAUAUUCAUAAUUAGAAGACCGUUUGUAACAGUUCGAUUCUUAUUUCUGGUGUCUCUCUAUCUCCCUUGGUUAUUUUGUGCCG